AAUGUGGAUGCCAUCAAGACUCUUUUGGACAUAGCGUUAACCGAAGGAAAUUAUCUGAAGGGCUCGUGGCAGGAGGUUCUAACUUGCGUAAGUCAAUUGGAAAGGUUUCAACUGAUAAGUUCUGGUCUCGACCAAACUGUGGUGCCAGACAUCUCCAAGACUUCUGCACGUCACCUUUCUCUGGACAAUGGCACGGGUCGCCGUAGCACAGGAUCUAAAAGAUCAAUCUCAUCUAGACCCUCUUCACAGGUUGUGUAUGCCGAGGAUGUUGCACUAGAAAGCAAAUCAUCUCAGGUGGUGGUCGCCGUUGACAGAAUUUUCAGCUCAAGUUCGAAACUCUCCGGGGCACGUGAUUACAUUCGUGAUUACAUUCCGUGCAUUAUAUGUACGGCAAUCGUGGAAUUUGUUAGAGCGCUUAGCGGUGUCUCAUGGGAAGAAAUACAAUCAUCAACCAUGAUGGAACAUCCUCGGAUGUUCAGCUUGCAAAAGUUGGUCGAGAUUUCUUAUUAUAAUAUGGGUCGUAUAAGGAUGGAAUGGUCUAAU